GUCAAUGGCUGCUGUUCUGUUUUCUUCAGCCACAAACAAAUGAAGCCCUCUAACUCAACACCUUUCUUCUUCACCAUCAUCGUUCCAAAAUCUCUCCUUUGAGGCUUUAACUCAACAAAGCUUCGAUUUUCUAAGAUGGGUAUUUCAUGGAGUGGCCGAAGAAGAAACAAUUACUUCCAAAAUCCACCUCCGGUGCCGCCGCCGCUUCCCCCACCGCCACCUUAUUACUCAACGGAGCCUCUUCCUCCUCCUCCUCCUCCGAUGCCUCAGGCUCCGGGGAGUACCUAUGUCUUCGCCAGUGCCACGUCAUCUUCUUACCACGCUCCGCCGAAUAGUCUAUACGCACCCCCGAACCCACCUCCCCCGGUUCACUCUCACUACAUCCCUGGGCCGUACGGCCAGUGCAAUCACCCGAAUACGAUGAUGGGGCGGUAUAAUUAUCAGCCUUAUUAUGCAAAUCAGCCUAAUUGGUGGACCCCGAUUCGGCCUCCGAUGGGUCAGCUACCGCUCCCGCCUCAGGCUCCGCCGCCCCCCUUUGUGGAGCAUCAGAAUGCUAAGAAGGUCAAGAACGACGUAAAUGUUCAUAAGGAAACGUUGCGGGUCGAGGUCGAUGAGCAGAACCCUGAUCACCACUUGCUCUCUUUUGUUUUUGAUGCCUUAUAUGAUGGAAUCAUUACCAUCAUAUACUUUGCAAAGGAAGAAUCAAACUGUAAGUUUGUUCCACAAUUUCCCGAUGCAUUUAUGCCUUUGACAAUCUCCUUUCAGAAAGGAAGUGGCCAGAAGUUUCGCCAGCCUUGUGGAACUGGCAUAGACUUUGGCUUCUUUGAGUUGGAUGACCUGUCAAAAGCAUCACCAAAAGAAGAUGUAUUUCCUCUUGUGAUAUGUGCUGUAACACACCCACCACCCCAUUCAGAUGACAGACAUGUUAGUGAUUCAAUGCAAGAUGCAUCGUCUAAUAUGCAGAUCACUCAAGCUGUGCUUGAGAAAAGAAAUACAGAGUCUUUCCAAGUCAAAGUAAUUAGACAAAUACUAUGGGUUGAUGGAAUCCGCUAUGAGCUACGCGAUAUAUUUGGAAUAGCAAACUCCUCUGUGGAAGGCUUCAAGGAUACUGAUGGGAAGGAAUGUGUAAUUUGCAUGACGGAACCUAAAGAUACCUUUGUCUUACCUUGUCGACAUAUGUGUAUGUGCAGUGACUGUGCGAAAGAGUUAAGACUUCAGACAAAUAAAUGCCCGAUAUGCCGCCAACCAAUUGAGGAACUUGUAGGGAUCAAGAUAAACAACGAUGAUCAAUGAGAGAUCUAUUUCUCUCUAAUACAAAAUUUAAUUUGUGGACAAAAGAAGAAGGCUUGGAAUAAUUAUGCAAAAACUAGUUUGUGAGAGUAUGGAACACUACAAAAGAUCAUCCUAUCAUAGAGCUGAGCUUUCCUCUGUAGUCAAAACCUACUCCACUAUCAUCUCCAUCAUUAGUUUCCAUUAAAGACUAAAAUGUUAGAGCCAUAACAUGGAUAGACUGCAGACACCGUAAGGGCAUGUAAGCAAUUCUGGUUAUGUUGGUAAAGAUUAAAUGAGGCUCCUUAAGAUGCACCUGUUUUCUACUAUUAAUCACUGUCCAGCAUACAUGUAGUGAUCAUGUGAGCCAUUCCCACUUAAAUGGCAGAGAGUUUUCAUAGAAACCCAAGUCAUAUUUUUCUCAAAAGAAAUUUACAAGGAAAAAGUGAUGUAUUAUGGUGUUCCAUAUAUAGCUAGCUUAGUCUUUUGUUUGGUUCAAAA